AUGGCGCGUGUCCAAACUGUUGCCAUGCAGUGGAAAAACCGGCUACUGUCUCACAAUUUCCGGGAAAAACUACCUACGUUCUGCGAAGAUUAUAGCAAUUAUCGUCUAUUUACAUUUGUGUCAUUCCCUCUUCACUCUGGCCGGAUCUUCUCUGCAUCCUGUUCGAUACCAAAGCACGUGGUCAACGACAGUGACCUGAUAUGGGACCUUCCCAAGGUCACGAACUCGCCCUUCAUCUUCGAGGUCAAGGUCGACGACAUGGCUGGGAUCGUCACCGUUCGGACGGACACGGAGGAUCACGCCGGUUACCGUGUGAAGAUCACGGAUGGCACGGCUGGCUCGUCAAGUAUCGCGAGAACUUACAGUGACGGUACCCCCCGCAACAACCUCGGAGGCUUUUGGUCGCAGGGUAUCGACAACCUCAGUCACAAACAUUCGACUGAUAUCACAUCGACUGAAGAGUACCGAAGGUUCUGGAUCUGCUGGUCGAAAGGUGGAAGUAUUGGAGUGGGCAGGGCUGGGGAGGUGGAACCCUUCAUGAGCGCUACAGACCCUCAUCCCAUCACUAACAUCAGUCAAGUCGGCUAUCGGAUCGCCUAUUCUGGCGGAGACUUCCUGUUCAACUGCACACAAGAUGGUUUUCUAGGAGUGUGUGUUGACCCACCUCUCCAAGCCAACACUACCGGGCCCGUGUGUGACUGCCCCUAUCUGCUGGGGGAGAACUGCACCUACCCAUGUUCCCCAGGAUAUCACGUCACUUCCGGUGACGUCAUAACCAGAACAUGCACUGCAGAUGGACUGUGGACGGACACGGAUCUCUUCUGCCAAGAAAUUGACGAAUGUUCCACUAUGAAUGGUGGUUGUAGCCACAUCUGCACCAACACUGUAGGCAGUUACAACUGUUCCUGUACUGAAGGGUUCGCACUGGAUGGAGAUGGACACAAUUGUAGUAUUCCAUCCUGUACGUUACCAAAACACGUGGACAACGGCACUUUCCUGAUAUGGGACCUUCCCAAGGUCACUUCCUCGCCCUUCAUCUUUGAGGUCAAGGUCGACAACAUGGAGGGAAUGGCCAACCUUCGACCGGACACGGGGGAUAACGAUGGCUAUCGUGUGAGGAUCGAAAACGGCUGGUCCGGUAUCACGAGAGUGUACAGUGACGGUGCCCCACGCGUCGUCCUUGGAGGAUAUACCUCAUUUGAUACCGUAUCGACUGAAGAGUACCGAAGGUUCUGGAUCUGCUGGUCGAAAGGUGGAAGUAUUGGUGUGGGCAGGGCUGGGGAGGUGGAACCCUUCAUGAGCGGGACGGACCCUCAACCGAUCAUAAACAUCAGUCAAGUCGGCUAUCGGAUGGAAAAUUUUGCCGGAGACUACCUGUUCAACUGUACACAAGAUGGCUUUUUUGGAGUGUGUGUUGACCCACCUCUCCAAGCCAACACUACCGGGCCCGUAUGUGACUGCCCCUAUCUGCUGGGGGAGAACUGCACCUACCCAUGUUCCCCGGGAUAUCACGUCACUUCCGGUGACUUCAUAACAAGAACGUGCACUGCAGAUGGACUGUGGACGGACACGGAUCUUUUCUGCCAAGGAACCGUGUGUUUUACCGACAUUGACGAAUGUUCCACUAUGAAUGGCGGUUGUAGCCACACCUGCACCAACACUGUAGGCAGUUACAACUGUUCCUGUACUGAAGGGUUCACAUUGGAUGAGGACGGACAUAAUUGUACUAGUAAGUAAUCUGUUGACUGUUAUGAGUUCCCCGAAGGUUGUUCUGACCCACCCCUCCAACCUAACACCAUUGGACCCGUCUGCAACUGCCCUUAUCUGCUGGGCGAGACCUGCACCUACCCGUGUGCACCCGGAUAUCACGUCAUUUCCGAAGUUGAAGAGGUUGACGAGUGUCAGGAGAACCCAACCAUCUGCGGCAGCAACGCGAUCUGCGUUACCGGUCCGGGCUACUUCGACUGCGUCUGUGUGGCUGGGUUCGCCAUGGCGUCAGGCGGCUGCCAAGACAUUGAUGAAUGCAGCAGUGGAGAGGCAACCUGUGACGUCAACGCCUUCUGCGUGAACACGGCUGGAACGUACCACUGUGUGUGUCUAGAGGGGUUUACAGGCGAUGGAAACAAUUGCCAACGUGAGGUGAAAGACCUCAUAGACGUUGACUCUUCCGACAUGUCACCAGUGGAACAAUUGGAGAAAAAGAAAAAUGAACAAGAACUUCUAAAGUCCCGGGUGAAGGAUGAAACCAUGGGUUUGCUGGACCUAUUGGACGCGGCAGCAGGCAAACUGUUGCAGGAGGUACCACCGGAAGGAGGAAGCACUCGUGUCCGGUCUGACGGCGUGCUCACUGCUGUGAUGAAGACCCUCCCUGAUGUAGGUGUCAUUCCUAUUGAUCAGGAUGUCGGCUCCAUCGUGUUCACACAGGAAGACAGCCUUCCAAGGAAUUCCAGCAUUAAGGUUGUGGCAUUUGAAAAGGAUCCUUUCGUGUGGAAUGAAGAAGAAGAAACUGAAGUAUCCUCGUCUGUUGUCAUGGUAACAGUCACCAAAGGCUCCGAAGAAGAUGGAGAACAAACUCGCAAUGCUGCAGCACCAAACAUCACCGUUGACCUACGAUCUGGUGUGAUGUUUGACACCACUAAGGAACACGAACAGGAUACCCUAUCGAACACUUACAGUGAGGAGGUUGAUGAUGCCCGUAGAUCAUUCCCUCUCUCCAAGGUUCCCAGGCAUGGCACCAACAUGACGUAUCACGCCAUGUACAUAACCAGUGAAGGACAGGCGCCCCUGCUCCGGUUCUCAGUCGAUGACGUCGACACAGAGCUACAGGUCUACGCCCGGUUUCACGACUUCCCAACUGAGGAAGAGUACGACUACACCACAACUGUAAAGCCUCCAGAGGUGACUGAUUAUGAAGGCUUUGAAAUGCCGUACGGCCUGGUCUACUCCAACUUCAAUGUAACAUUCGCACCGGAGGUAGGAAAGAAACACGGCUGGGUCAUAGUCGGCGUAAAGAAGAAAGCUAAAGACGUACCUGAGAGUGGGUUCCGGCCGCUGCUGACGUCAUCCUCCCAGGCCACGCCCCCUUUAGGUCGUCAUGGCAACCGGACAGGGUUCUCCCUGGAGACCGCUGCAGUCUCCUGUCUGAUGUGGGGAAUGGACGACCAGACGUGGAGCAACCAACGCUGCAAGGUUGGGACCCAAACAGACGAGACGACCACGCGGUGCACCUGCGGCAUGGCCUUAAACAAUGAUGGGAGCAGUUCCAGGGCGAUACUAGGAUCAUCGUUUCUGCCUGUUCCGAAUUUCGUGGACUUCAGCAAUCUGGGCAGCAACUUUAACAAGUUGUCCUCAAACUCCACCGUGUUUGGAACUGUCGUAGCAAUGUGGAUGAUGUUCAUAGUGGCCCAACUGUUUAUACUUCGUUCAAAUAUCAAGAGUCAGCUGUCAAGAAACAGGGCAGUCGCAGGCAACUUCGCUCUUGGAGAAGCUGCAGCAUCGACCAUCUUCAACGCGGUCGUUCCCAAAGUGUCCACCAUCCCGUCCGAAGUUCCCGGUGCGGACUACGUGUACGUGGUGUGUGUCCGUACGGGAACACAGCCUGAUGCCGGCACGGCGUCUGUGGUCGGGCUCAUGAUCACAGGGUCAGACGGCAGGACACCCAUGGUCACUCUCAACCCUGAUGGCACGGUCCUGGCCAGAGGUGGUGACACGUACCACAUCAUGUCGACUCCCUCCUCCAUCGGCCAGCUCCAGUCUGUACAGAUCUGGCACGACGGCUCCGGGAAGGGCAACAUGGAGUCACUCUUCAUAGACAACAUCAAGGUCUGGGACAUACAGACAUCAGAGAGGUUCCUUUUCCCGUGUUUCACCUGGCUGUCCUCUCACAAAGGUGACUGCAGGACAAUAAGGACUUUGAAGGUGGUACCUGACGGAGGGACACAGAAAGCCCUCCUACCGACGUUUUCAUACCAACUGUAUGAUGAGCAUCUCCUCCUGUCGGCUGUUUGUAACUCCGGUGUGAGACACUUCACCCGGGCGCAGCGCCUGGCCUGCUGCCUGACUCUGGUCACCCUGUGGAUGGUGGGCAGCGCCAUGUGGUACGGGACCACAACAGGUCCAGAUAUCGUACUGUUAGACACCGGUAUCCUCAUACUCCGCCUUUCGGACUUGUUCAGUACUGCAGCAACAUCGUUCACGGUGUCUCUACCAGUAUACGUCAUCCUUGUGCCGUUGUUUUGUCAGCAGCUGCCGUUGGAAGAUCAGAUCCCUUCAGAGCUCUUGAAAACCCCUACAUCACCCUCCGCCAGGCGGUUCCCCUACAAAACAGUCGCGUGGGUCGUCGCCAUUUUGACAUCUGUCUGUAGCAGCUUUUUUGUGAUCGUGUACAGUCUACAGUUUGGAGCUGAGGGGAGCCAGGCCUGGCUGAAGGACUUCGUCCUGACAUUCCUGAUCUCGACAUUUGUACUUGAACCUAUAGAGAUCUUUCUGUUGAACUAUGCCCUGGCAAUCUUCGUCGGACCAAUGCUGGUGCCUGUGGCAUCUUAUUUUCGUAAAGUUUUAGGAAUGAAGGAAGAGAAGAAGGACCAUGUUCUCAUCGAAGUCGCUCACAAAAACAAGGCUGAUUAUGAAGUCCCUGCACCUAGGGUUUUGCCACCUGCGCCGAAGAAAGCCGACCAUGACCCGAACUGGACCGAGAGGCUGACUCAGGGUAGGGACAUCCUGGUUCACAUCGUCGUCCUACUGCUCUUCAGUGUGACGUACUUUUACAUCGGCGUACUGGACACGGACACGAACGCUGGCUACGUCAGGACCUCACUGAAGAACAGUCUUCUGACGGGAUGUGAGGAGGUGACUACAGUGGACGGUGCCUGGGAGUGGCUGUCGUCUGACCUGAUGCCGUCCCUCCACCCUGAGCGCGGGUACAGCGGGAAGACCCUCAGGUGGCUGGACAAACAGUUUCCGGCUGGAACCGACGCGUUCCGGAUCGGACCGGUUCGCCUGGAGAGAACCACCAAGUACCCAGAAGAUCCAAUAGACUCAGACUUGGAGCUCAGAGACGAAAAGCUGUAUCCUGAACUGACGGCCAAGCAAAGAGAAGACGCCUUAGAACGACUGAGUUCAUCAAAGUGUUCACAAGUCAGGAACACAAGCACUGCAGAUGAUUUGAGAAAUGGGACCAUAGAUGGAACGGUAGAGUGCACUACCGUAGUAGACCUGCCAGGGGGCGCUAGCCAGGCCGCUGCAGUGAUAGACUCCCUAAAACAGACCCACUGGAUCCUGAUGGUUUCAGACACGCUCACCAUCCGGAUCAACUUCUACCACCCUGACGUGAAGCUGUUCAGCACCGUGGCCAUCGCCCUGCAGUACCUCCCAGGGGGCGCUGCUGCACUGCAGCCCACCAUCCAGACCUUCCGGCUGUUCCAGUAUAACAAGACAAGGGACUUUACCCACUUGCUUGCACACCUGUUAUUCCUGGUUUUCUACGUUUACAAUGUUCUUCACGAGAUUCGGAGCGUACGGAAGAGCAGGCGUGUGUAUUUUGAGAGUUUCUGGAACGUCUUGAUCCUAUGCAGCAUAGGGUUGUCCACUGCUGUCAUUGUGCUGUUCGCACUGCGUUACAUUUCGGCAGCUGCUGCAUUGAGAGAUCUACAGCAGGCAACAGGACUCCAUGGCACGAACACAUUUGUGGACAUCAGCGCCCCCUGUCGGUUGGACGGGAACUUCAAGGCUGUCCUGUCACUCUCCAUCUUCCUCAGUACCUUCAGCAUCCUGCGGGUUCUCAACUUCUCCAGGAACGUCGCGACCGUCUUCGCUCUGCCUCGCUUGAUGUACAGAGAAGCCUUCGGAUUUCUGUCGUACAUGGUGGUGUUACUCCUCUCCUUCACCAUGUGUGGUGUCCUGAUCUUCGGCAAAGAGAUGAAGAGUUUCUCAACCUUUAAGGAGACGUGGUACAUCUUGUUUGAGAUGAGCCUGGGGAGGGCUUUCGGAGAUGUCUUUGGGGACGACAUGAAGAGAAUAAACAGUGUCCUGGGACCUCUGUACUACGCAACGUUCAUCCUAAUCUUCGGAUCCUAUCUGGUGAAUCUAGGAGUGGGAAUGCUGUGUAACUGGCUGAGUUACUGUCAGAAGUCUGACGACAUUGAUGUGGACACCGCCAUGGGAGAUUACUUCUGGAACUCCUUCAGGAGUCUUCUGGGCUUGCGCCACGAGACCAAAACCUUUGACGAUGAUGACCCACUUCCGGACUACUACAUGGACGAGGCCCUCAAGCGGACUGAUGCAGUACUGCAGGAGGUGGAAAGGGUCACUGACCUGAUGUACAACUUUGAGUGUCGGGGAUUUCCAGAACUGAAGGUCAAGGACAAGACGCACAGAAGUGGUUUAAAAAUCUAG